GCCCGGGCAAUCCUCCCCAGCAUGCCGUGCGGCGGCGCAUGUGCAGUGCGGGCCUCAGUGGAUCAGCGGCUGCGGGGGGGGACUCUGCUAAUUCCAUUGUGGAGCGGAGUCGGCGAUAUUUGUAACUGGAGGCGGCCGUGAAGGAGAACUGCGGCGGAGGCGAAGGCUGGGCCGGGCGGGGCCGAAGGAUGCGCAGCCGGGCGAGCGGGCGCUGAAGCAGGACGAAAGAAAGGGCGGAGAGCGAGCGGCCGGCCGGCCAGCCAGCCAAGCAGCCGGCGGGCGCGGGUGAGUGAAAGCGGUGCCCGGCCGGCGGAGCAGUCACAGCGGAGGGCCGCGCCUCCUCCGUCUCGCCCUUCCCGGCUGUUUCCCCAUCCCCCGAGGGCAGAGUAUGAAACUGGGCAGCGGCUUCCUGGGCGGCGGCUCCUCCAAGCGGGCGGCAAUGGAGCCCACCUUCCCCCCCAGCAUGGUCAUGUUCAACCACCGCCUGCCGCCCGUCGCCAGCUUCACCCGUCCGGCCGCGCCCCCCCAGCAUUGUGGGCUGACGCCCGCCUCGUCUUCUUCCUCAUCGUCUUCCUCCUCCUCUUCGACCUCCUCCUCCUCUUCUUCUUCCUCCUCCUCCACGAUGACGACUGCAACGGUCGCUGAACCCCCCGUCCCGCCUCCCCACCCUCAGGGCAUGACUUUCAAGAAAGAGCCGGUAGGGGGCUUCCCUCUCAGCGCAGCCUGCUCCACCUCAGCCACUUCCUCCUCUUCCUCCCAAAGGAGUCCUUGGGGCUUCUUCCAGUCUCUGGUGAACAUCAAGCAAGAGAAGCCCAGUGACCAGGAAGAAGAGGAGCACCACCACCAUCAUCACCACCACUACGGGGGCCUGUUUGGAAUAGCUGGGGAGGAGCGGCACCCGACGCUUGCCGGCGCUGCUGUCGGUGGAGGAGUGGAAGGGGCCAGCCAGAGCGUCAUCCAGGAUCUCAGCCUUUUCCACCAUUUGCACCACCAUCCCCACAGAGGAGACUUGCUGCUGGGCAUCAGGACUGGUGGUGACGUGGGGCCUACUGGUUUGGAUGAGCCCAAGCAUGAUGCCCAGACCAGGAAGAUGAAGAGGCCAAAGUCAGAAUCUCAGGGAAUCAAAGCCAAGCGGAAGCCAAGUUCUUCAUCCAAGUCCCUUGUGGCAGGAGAUGGAGAAGCCGCCAUGCUGUCCCCUAGCCAGAAACCUCAUGUCUGUGAACACUGCAGUGCUGCCUUCCGGAGCUCUUAUCAUCUACGGAGGCAUGUGCUCAUCCAUACUGGCGAGAGGCCUUUCCAGUGUAGCCAGUGCAGCAUGGGUUUCAUUCAGAAGUAUUUGCUACAGAGACAUGAAAAGAUCCAUAGUAGGGAGAAGCCGUUUGGAUGCGACCAGUGCAGUAUGAAGUUCAUCCAGAAGUAUCACAUGGAGAGACACAAGAGGACACACAGCGGAGAAAAGCCAUACAAAUGUGAAACCUGUCAGCAGUAUUUUUCAAGGACUGAUAGACUGUUGAAGCACAGACGUACAUGUGGAGAAGCCAUAGGGAAAGCAGGUGCUGGAUUGGAUCCUGGGCCAUCAAACCAUAGCAUAGGCAACUUGUCUGUGUUGUCUCAGGGAAAUACAGGUUCAUCAAGGAGAAAAAGCAAAGCUAAAAGUAUAUCUACUGAAAACAAAGAACACAAACCUUGUCAUAAAAUAUCUGACUCUCAGAUUGCAUCGAAUAUGACCUUGCAGAAUUAUGCGGUGGAGAUUCCUAUAGUGUCUUCCAGUAGUGGUUUAAUUGGCGCUGGGAUCGAUGAGUUGCAAAAAAAGGUGCCAAAAUUAGUGUUUAAAAAAGGAAACAGGAAAAGUGCAGACAAGAGUUAUCUUAAUUUUAUGUCACCAUUACCAGAACUUCUUGGUCAGAAACAGUUGUCUGGAAAACCAGGUGGCUCUCUUGGCCUAGUUGCAAAUACCAGUAUAGAUGCUAUUGGUCUUCUCCAAGCUGCAGGUGGUAAACCAGGUCAGAUAAAUAGCAAUUAUGAUGAUGCCAUGCAGUUUUCAAAGAAAAGAAGAUAUUUGCAAACUGCCAGCAGUAACAGUGCCUUUUCUAUAAAUGUUGGACAUAUGGCCUCCCAACCGUCUGUUAUUCAGUCUGCAGGUGUCAGUGUUAUGGACGGUGAAACCCCGUUAUCUCUUAUUGACUCAUCUCUAAAUGCUGACAUCAAAUCUUGUCAUGACAAAUCUGGAAUUCCUGAUGAAGUCUUGCAAAGUCUUCUAGAGCAGUAUGGUCACAAGUCAGAAGGUCAAAAGGAAGAUCCCUUCAAUAUCACUGAACAACGAGUGGACUUGCAUGCCUCAGGAGAACAUACAGAGAUAGUUCAAGAAGAGAACCUGAGUCCUGGCUCUCAAACUUCAAGUGACAAGGCAAGCAUGUUGCAAGAAUACUCAAAAUACCUCCAACAGGCUUUUGAAAGAACAACCAAUAGCACUGGUUUUGCUUUUGGACCCAGCUUCCAAUUUGUAAGUUUGUCUUCAAGCCUUCAUAACCAUACUUUGUUUCAAGACAAGCAAAUAUACACUACAUCUCCACUUGAGUGUGGUUUCAGCCAAUCUGUUACCUCAGUGUUGCCAUCUGCAUUGCCAAAGCCUCCUUUCGGGAUGUUGCUUGGAUCUCAGCCUGGUUUUUACUUAUCUGCUUUGGAGGCAACUCAUCAACAGUUGACUCCGUCACAAGAACUAGAUGAUCUGAUAGACUCUCAGAAAAACAUAGAUUCUUCAUCAGGCUAUCAGUCUACACCUCAAAAGUUGAAUAGCCAGAAGGAACAAAAAAACUUGGAAUCUUCAACAAGCUUUCCAAUACCAUCUCAGGAGCUAGCUAACCAGAUAGAUCCUCAGAAGGACUUAGAGCAUAGAGCAACAUACCAGAUAGAGACCUUCGCACAAGCAUUUGGUUCUCAGUUUAAGACGGGCAGCAGGGUGCCAAUGACUUUUAUUGCUAAUUCUAAUGGGGAAGUGGACCAUAGAGUAAGGACUUCUGUAUCAGAUUUCUCAGGGUAUACAAAUAUAAUGUCUGAUGUAAGUGAGCCAUGUAGUACAAGAGUAAAGACCCCAAGUAGCCAAAGUUAUCGGUAAGAUUCCAAGAGUGGCUAGGCUUUGGGGUAGUCUUAAUGUAUUUCUUUUAUUUUGAUAACACUGCCAUUGGAAUGUUUCUACGUGAUCCUAAUAUGAAAUAAUGUAACACGCCCUUUCAAUGCAACUUUUCAUAUUUGGUUGGUGUUAACGUAAUUUUAGAUCAGUUUGUAUUAUGCUUUUUAAUCAGAUCAAUAGACUUAAUAGUUUGCAUUUUUUGUGUUCAUGUGACAGUGUUUAGCAAUCAAACUUACAUUUUUAGAUUGUCAGGGAAUAGCCCAAAAGUUGAAAAUGCAAAAACAAAAAAACAAACAAAAAAAUCUUUGUUCCUAGGAUUAAGGUUUAUUUUAAUUGCUUUACUCUCAGGAAAAUGUAAUGAAGAAAGGAGAUUCUGUGCAUGAUUAGUGUAUUGGAAUUUCCAAUUUACAAAUAAGUGGCAAAUCUGUUUCACCAUUUAAGAAAGGGAUCUAUGACAUUAUAAAUUGCUGUCUCAUAUCUAGGUGAUACAAAACUCUGAGAAUGUUGCUACCUACAUCUUCUUAUUGAUGUGCUUUUUUCUUCCAGAUGAUGAUACUCAUUCCAGACUGGCGGGUAGAUAUUCUCAGAUCCUUGGUGUAAGCUUGGAAUGAUAGCUUUAAUUCAACCAGUAAUGUCCACCGCCAUUUUUUUCUGAAUACAGUAAUUCUAUAAAGAGAUUUUAGUAGCAGAAUCCACAGAAGGAAUUUUAAGGUUGCAGUUUACUGACAUUGGAAUGCCAACCAAAAUUAGUCAUAAUUUAUAUACUUUUUGGGAUGAAUUAUUUAUUAUACAUGGUUGAAAAUAGCCUUCCCCAAUUGGUCUGUCCUUCCCCCAGUAUCUAAAUAUUUCUUUGCCUCUGAGGACUUUUACGUUUAUCAGCUGUUAUCCCCCCCCCCCCCCAUUGAGCUCAUCCUUCACGCUCUGCACUCCUUUCUUCUUCCCUUUAGCUUAACAGGUAGAAUUUUAGGAGAUAUACAUUCCAGAAAGUUAAACAACGUGUGUGUUUUUUGAUGUCUUGUGGCAUCAAAGUUAAACAAUUUAAAAAUUGGAAUGUCCCUUUACUUUAGAAGGCCAUAAAAGUUUCCAUAUAAUACACCAUGAUACGGAUAUACUCUGUAUAUAAAGAGAGCCCCUAAUUUGCAUCAGGAUCUGUUAACGUAGUUGUCAGUGUCCCCAUGCAACUUUUUGGGGGUUAAAAUUAUGUGUGGUUAUAAGGAUGUGCAGAAAAAACAUUCAGUCUUGGGCCUAGGUUUCAGUUCCAUUCAGACACUGGAUGUGUGAACCAUGUCACCAGUACCCGUGUGGUUUAUUGUCACCAGAACCUUUCCAAUGAAUUGUUGCUCAAAAGUCAUGUAUAUUUUGUGGUACGCAUUAUUUAUGAUUUGUGCAUCUGGAUUAGAGCCUGUGAAGCAAUGGAAACCUAGAAAAAAAUGAUGGUUGUUUUAAAACUGUGAAAAAACAGUUGUACUGCCCUGAACCACUUUUUUUUGCAGAUUUUUUCUCAUUUAGUUUUUUAAUGUAAUCUUGGUGAUGCUUAUGCAGAUUUUCUUUUUCUUUUUAAAAUACUUUUGGUGAUGUUUCUGUCUUGUGUACUUUCUGAUGACAGAAAAGUACUGGUGGUUGUUCACAGUUUUAUUAUGUAAUUGGCCUACUGCAGGCUUCAUGUAUAAUAAAGUAAUUAACAUUGUAUGAGUGUAAAACACUUCUGUUACGAAUGUGGUGAUGCAAGAACUAUGAAACUUUUAAAUUGCUCAUCAUACCCAUACUUCCCCUGUCUCUUCCCACUGAAUGAACAGUCACCUUUUUACUAAUGCAGAGUUAAGUAAAUCCAGCUUCAGCAUAUCCACUUGAUUAUGUAUUUCCUGUACUUCAAAUUAGUGCUGUGAAUUUCCCCUGCCAUCUAGGCAUAGAGCACAAUUUAUCACCAAGGGAUGGAGUAUACCUUAACCACUGUGUAAUUUUUUUUUUGGGGGGGGGGUGAGUGUGUGUUCCAAAGCAUUUAUAAUUUACUUUCUUUAUAUUGUAUGUACUGGAUAGUGCGUAUGUUCUGGGAUUGUUUGCUUUAGACUGACCAAUUUAAAAAUUUUAUUCAAAGAAAAAUCUGAGAAAUUGUUGUAUUACAUCUCUGAAGGUUUUGUCUAAAAGAAAAAAAAUCCCUAAAAUGUUUUAAACUAAAUUGCUGGAACAAUAGAACAACCAUAGAAUAACAUGCUUGCUUUUAAAGGUAUUUUUAUUGUAAAACUUCUUUAGGUGAACAAUAAAAAUUUUUUUGUUGCUUUGAAAUGAAAA